AUGGAGAUGUCUUUAAUGAUUGAUUACAAGUUUCAAUGUGCGAAUACAACUUGUUUACCAUUCAUUAACAUUAUUACAUCAAGCAUUAGGAAUUGUCAAGUAGCAUGUUUAGCUCGAAGUCAAUGCAUAGCAGCUACUUUUCAUCGAUCAACUUCUGAUUGUGAACUAUUUGAUAAUAUGUUGAAUCAAAACGGAAAUAUGUUGGGUGAUGUGGAUACGACUAGUAUGAAUAUCAUUGGUGGAACACGAUUUCCACCAGAACCGACUACGGCAAAUUCAACAACAGCAACAGCAGCAUCUACUACAACAACAAGAACAUCAACAACAACGACAGCAAUACCAAAAUGGACAAUGAUUGGAAACAUGAGUGUCGCACGAGGAUAUCACACAGCAUCCAUAAUAGCAAAUGAGACAGUAUUAGUUGCCGGUGGAUACAACGGUGCUUACCUCAAUAGUGCUGAAUUAUACGAUCCAUCAACAGACACUCGGACUACUACAGCAAACAUGAAUAUCACCCGAGCGCGUCACACAGCGUCCACAUUAGCAAAUGGAUUAGUAUUAGUUACUGGUGGACAGAACAGCGGUGGCUACCUUAAUAGUGCUGAAUUUUACAACUCAUCAACAGGCACUUGGGCAGUCACAGGAAAUAUGAGUGUCGCACGAGAAUAUCAUACAGCAUCCACAUUAUCAAACGGAUUAGUAUUAGUUGCUGGUGGAAACAACAGUGCUAGUUUUUUCAAUAGUGCUGAAUUAUACAAUCCAUCAACAGGCACUUGGACAGCCACAGGAAGCAUGAAUGUUGGACGAGGAUAUCACACAGCAACCAUAUUAGCAAAUGGAUUAAUAUUAAUUACUGGUGGAUCCAGCGGUGUUACUUAUCUCAAUAGUGCUGAAUUGUACAAUCUAACAACAGGUACUUGGACAAACACAGGAAGCAUGAGUGUUGGACGAGGAUAUCAUACAGCAUCCAUAUUAGCAAAUGGAAAAGUAUUAGUUACUGGUGGAUACAAUGGUGCUAGUUUUUUCAAUAGUGCUGAAUUAUACAACCCAUCAACAGGCACCUGGUCAACCACAGGAAGCAUGAGUACCACCCGAGCUCGUCACAUAGCGUCCACAUUAGCAAAUGGAUUAGUAUUAGUUACUGGUGGGCAGAACAGCGGUGGUUAUCUCAAUAGUGCUGAGUUGUACAAUCCAUCAACAGGCACUUGGACUACUACAGCAAACAUGAGUAUCACCCGAGCUGUGCACACAGCAUCCACAUUAGUAAAUGGAAAAGUAUUAGUUACUGGUGGAUCGAGAAGCAGUGGCGUUUAUCUCAAUAGUGCUGAGCUCUAUUAA